AUGCUCAAGAUUCGAACUUCCGGAUCCGACUUACCAAACCAAAAAAAAAGUCAAACCGAGAUACCUAAUAAGGCUAGUGAUAAGAGGCGAGGAAGAAUCGAUUUGACGCGUGCCCGACGAGGAUUGAAGGCUGAAGAUCCGUUAUCCGAUUCUGAAUAG